AUGGUGCCGGUGGCGGCGUGUUGGCUGCUGACGGGCCCUGUCCUGCGACUGAUCCACAAGACGCCCGAGGAGGUGGCUGAUGCCAGCUACUUCUCCGUUGUCCUGGCCAUUUGCUUGCCCGUGCGCAUCGGAGAGCUGGCAUCUCUGUCUGCGCUUUCUGCAGAUGCGAAGACGGAGCAGGAGGAGCGCAAUGCUGCAGUGAGGGCAGCUGGCUCCUUCUCCAUCGACACCAUGUGGACUAAAGGCGACGACACCGCGUGGUUUUCAUCGCUCACUUGGCUUCAGUCCGAGGUGAAGUUUGCUUACAAAGAUGGGGCUGCUGGAGACGUGGCGCAGUACGUGGAAGUGACCGGCCUGGACAAGCCCUAUCGCCUGCUGCCGGACACUGUGGUAUUGAACCAGGAGAUCAACGGCAUGUCGGUGGUCGGAAUUGUUGGCUACCAGGCUUGGGACUCGAAGACCUCCACGUACGGCUCCAGCGUCUACAACAAGAAGAAGGCCUUGUUCCUCCGCACCGAGAAGAAUCCCGUCAUUGGCGUGACCACUGAGCUGAGUAGGGUUCUUUACGUGGCCCGCCAAGCAGGGCUCAAGGUCUACAAGAGCAACAAGGCAGACGCCAAGGCGUACUACUUCGAUGGCGGCAAGGUAAAAACCAUCUCGGAAUCCGAGGUUAACUUGCAUGCUACGCCUGCGCCUGAUGUUCUGGCAAUCAAGAUGGAUGGCCAAGCGGACAAGGCACUCAGAAAGCCCAAUGUGGAGCUGAUGACUGCGGUGGACGCCAUGCUCGGCCAGAGCUCCUGCCUGAACAGCCCCUCCUUAUGCGCCUUCAGGUGCACUUACGACUCAGAAAAGGACGUUUGCGGACCCAUCGGCUUCUGCCACAAGGUGUCGGCGUCCGAGGCAAAAAGCGUCCUGGCGCCGUUCGGGUCAGACCAGAAGUGCAAGGCAGUGGGCGCCACUACGCACGAGGCGGCGGACACUGUAUUGACGGAUGCGGUGGAGACUGUGAAGGCCAUGGCGCUGGAAGUGUCCAAAAAGAUGGAGGAGAGCGAGGCGAUCGGCAAGUCCGACGCCGGUCGGGCCUCGAUGAAGCACACGGUGGGCCUGUGGCUGGAAGCCGGCGAUCUCUUGAAUGUCCUGGAGACGUUGCCGCAUCGACUGGGGGACCAGGCAGGGAAGUUCACGGCUGCGGCGCGCCGGGUGGGGCAGGUGGACAUGAGGCACUGGCGUCGCGCUCCACAGGUGCUGACGGUGUCGGAGUACGAGGCCGCGGCAGCGAAGCCUGUGGACCAGCUCAACACCACCCAUGGCCAUGGCUUCUCGGUGGUGGCCAAGCUUCACUCCGAGCUGGUGAAUUUCCUGAUCCGGCGGCCUGCCGUUCUUAUCAAAGCAGUGGAACAUGACUCCAAAAAGCAGUGCGUGCUCAGCGAUGAGAGCGACGCAGGCAAGGCUCAGAUCACCCUUUUUGCCAAGUACUACUUGAAGGCCCCUGGCCACAACAAGGACGACCUGAAGACCGCACACCUGCCCCUGCCAGAGAAUUGCCAGGAUUUCUUGGCCGGAAACGAGCAGAGAGACCCGGAGGAUGUCGCGAGCAAUCUUGAGGAGUCCACCGAAGCUUUGGAGGCGGAGAAAUCCAGUGGUUCCCUCAUGCAGUUCAAGUCAGAGCGUCUCAGGGAUGAUGCGGUGGGCGGCGACGAGGCCGCCAGCAGCUUUGCCCACGGUACCGCCUUCGAGGGCACCGAGGAGGAGGCGGAGGCCGCCUUCAUCUUCAUCAUUGCUUGCAUCGUCGUGGCCAUCGUUUGCAUCAUUGUGGCCGGCCUCCUCUUUACGGCCGCAGGAUCAAUGAUGGGGGAUAAUGUGUCGGGCUACUUUGUGUGUGCGAUGCUCGGAGGUCUGGUGGUCUUUGGCGCCUUCUGUAUGGCAUGGCCUGUGGGCUUAGUGGUGCUCGUCGGGUCCGUCGUCGGCGCCUUCAUAUUAUCCUCCUUGGCAGAGCUGAACGAGAAGCCCAUCUCGCAUCACGGGAAGACCUUGUUGGAUUUGGCCGCCGCCAGCAUGUGA